AUGAGCAUGAGCCUUCUCUAUUCCUCACUCAAUGAUUUGAAUCAAGCUGCCAUUGCGCAAGUGAUGGAAGUGGAUGAUGAUACUCCUCUUGAGAUUUAUUUUACAACGGCUCGGAAUUUGCUGAAAGAAGCAAAAUUGUGUCGGGAAUCUCAAGAUUUGGAAGGAAUGUACAAGUGUUUAAUUCAAUAUUUGAUAUUGGUGGUUAAAAAGUUACCUUCUCACAAGGAUUUAAAUGUGGAUGAAGAUCAAGAAGAAUCCGAUGAAUAUAUUAAAUGUAAACAAGAAUAUGAUUAUAACUUUCAAAAGUGUGAUCUAGUGAAACAGGAAAUUGAAAAACUUCGAGGUCAACUGAAUGAUCUCUAUGAUGAACAACAAAAAGCCAAAUCCAAAGAAAGAAUGGCAAGCUUACAGGAUUCGGAUCCUUUGAGAAGAAAAUCAGUUAUUCAACCAAUUGUACCAAGCGUAGCUGUGAACGCAACGACCGACAAGUUACCACUUCCUACAUCUCCAAGUGUUUUAAACAAGAGAUUUACCAUGUCCAUGAGAUCAUCAAAUCCGAAUAUUAUUUGCAAGACGCCAACCAUGAUUGCACAACGUUCGCGAGAUGAUCCCAAUAGAAUUGUUCGGGUUCGAUUACUUCCUGGUAUUAUUGCACACGAAGGAACUCAUACACCUACGAGUGUCUAUCAUUUGGUCACACCCAAGCAAAUGCAGGACAAUUUUGAAAAGUAUAGACCUCAACCACAACAACCACUUGUUCGUAAGACCUCUAAACAACCACCUCCAUUCCCAACUUCGUAUCAGACACCAACCAAUCAACAACCUUCCAACAUGAAUUAUCAGCAGACACCUGUUUAUCAACAGCAACAACAACAACCUACGUAUCAACAACAGCCGCCAAUGUAUCAUUCACAACAACAGCAACAAUACUCAUCAAUUUAUCAACAAGCCACACCAGUAGUUCAGUACACUCCACAAUCACAGACCUACUCAACAUCUAUUUAUCCUCAAUCUUAUUCUCAAAAUACUAAUUAUGUUGAGAGUACAUAUUCAAAUGCAGUUGAAAACGUUGCUUAUAAUGAGAGAGUUCAAGAAUAUGUUGGAAAACAAGUCGGAAAUUUAGCAACCAAUGAAAGAGUUCAAAAACAAGUGGGCUCAUCCAUUUCCAAUGCUGCUAAGAAUCAACAAGUUCAAUCCACAAUUGGAAAUGCUAUUGCAUCAAGCUCUGACAAUUCUUUUGUUCGAUCUGUAGCUACUAAUCAACAAGUACAAUCUACCGUUGGAACUGUGAUUGCAAACACAGCUGGUAAUGAACAAGUUCAAAAGGCAGUUGGAAAUGCAAUUCACAGAGCUGCCAAUGAUAAGGAAAUGCAAAAGAAGGUUGCUAAAGGAUUUGUUAGUGUUGCCAAAGGCGCUUUUUCUGCAACAAAGGCUGGUGCCAACUUGGGAUAUCAGCUUUACCAAGAAAAUAAUAAGAAUUGA